AGUGCUUGGCCUUGCAAACCAUGCCGAACAUGUAUCGGUAGUGGAAGAUAUAGGAGCCUGACAGUUCUCCGAAUUUCACACGCAUAAUUUCAUUUGCAUUAAAAUAUCAUUUCAACAAGCAUUGCGUAUAUAAAAAUGCCGUGGAAAAUUGGUGGAAAUUUCGAAACUGUAGCGGUAACAUGUGAGACAAAUUGGAAAGACUGUGUAAUCGCAACGGCAAAUUAUUUGUGGAGUGAGGUUGUAUCUGAUGUCGUAGAUUAUUUAGCAAAAGAAGGAAUUAUAUGGGUUUUAGCGAUAGCCAUCACUUCCACAAUACUUAUCCGUAUAAAAUAUUGCAAAAAUAUGCACACGAAACAUACUGUGCUUAAUAAACAAAUACUAAAUAAAAUCGGGUAUAAAAUUCAGGAUCUGGAAUUGAAAAUCAAUGUUUUAACGUACAAAAUGCAAUAUGGAACUUGGCCAUUACCACAGCAAAUCUAUAAUUUAAAUCCGAAGCUGCGAAAGAUUAGACUGACUUUAUCUAAUCCAGGUGACCGAAAAAAUUGGCUGAAACACGUGCUAUUAAAUCCUUCAUCGGAGAGCAAAAUGUAUGCUCCUUGUUCAAAAGUGUUUCGUUCAUCAGAAGCAAAACAAAUGAAUCGUUUUGAUAUAAAACAAGAACGUGUUCCACAACAUAUUAAACACAGUGAAUUAUCAGCAGCCUGCAGUAGCAUUGAAACUUUAAAAUCUACUAGUGACCAAUCUGUGAAUGUAUAUUCAGCGAGGGCACAUAUAUAUCCGCAAAAUGUGAAUACGAAGAAAAAUAAUCUCUCUAGAAGCAAAAAUUUCACGUUGCAACGCCAAAAUGUGCAGCUACCAUUUAAUUCGAACGUGAUUAAUCAUCAAUCUUCAAAAAUGACUCCUUCCUCAAUGCAGAAUGAUGUAUAUGCAAUAAAUGCUAAAUACAAUCCAUGCCACAAAUUCACAGAGACUAUCUAUAAAUGUAAAUCAUUUCUCAAGGAAUUGCAACGUAAUGAUAAAUAUCUACAUUCAUUGAAUCAGCCAUCAAAAAUGAGCAAAGUAUCUUCUUUAAAAACCGCACACAUAGCAGGACAAACAGCUUUGUCGACAUCGGAAGAAAGAGAAAUAUUCUGCGAGGCUUCUGUAACAGCAAAAAAAGAGGAAAUAAAUGAGACAAAAUGCGAAAAACGGAUGCAAGGUAACAUAGUAAAAGGUACUGAAGAAACAUAUCAUCAAAAUAAAGAAAACGUAUCUAAAGACGUUGUUACUUUAAAGACAAACAACUGUGCGUCCUCGAGAGAUGUCGGAAUUUCAGUUAUUCCGAUAGUGCAACCAGGGCAAAAUAUACAUCCUUCUCAACUAACUUUAAUCGAAGUCAGAAGAAAACUUCAGAAUUUACAUAAUGUGCAAACAUAUCAAGACAUGAGUCGGUCUACAAAAAAACAAAAAUGGACAAAUCAAAUGGAUCAAAUCAAUGAAAUAGAUUCAUUUAUAACAAAUCCGAUUAUGAAUAUUUCAAGCGAAUAUUUCGAGCUAAAUCGUUCAGAAGAUUGUUUAUCUUCCUUAGCUGAUUCAUCACAUACGUCAAAAACAUAUCAAUGUUCUAGUGAAAAUCUUACAUUGCAAAAUACUUACUCUAAAGGAUUUAGUCAAUAUGAUAUACGGAACAAUCUUUCAUUUGUACCAACAGAAUCGCAUUUAUGUUCCCGCAAUGCAAAAUUACAGUCAUCAGAAAGCUACGAAAAUGAUGAAUACAAAGAAUGCUUGUGGGAAAAUAUUUUAGAUUGCAAUUCUAACCACAAAAUAGAAUCGAAUUCCGAAGUCAAUAAAGAUGCAAUUAAAACAAAUACUUUAUUCAAUACACGAGAUAACAUAUCAGAAAGAAUAUUCUAUAUCUUAUCACCUGAAAAUAAGGACAAUCAAACACAAAACGAGACAUUGUUAGAGGAAAGAUUCGCUACUAAAAAAUUCAGCAACACAUUUGAUAAAAAACAAUACCGAGAGAAUGUGACAAUAUCUCAAAAUAGUAGUCAAAGUAAAAUAUCAAACAAUAGUAAUAACAAGGAAAACAAAUCGACGAUAUUAUUGCUUCAAGAGGCUUUGCAUUUCAAGAAUACUUUACUGACACACUCAAGAAUGAAGUGUCCGACAAGUAAUGAAAAACAAGGCGAUAUUGCGGAUGAAUCUUCACUGAUAUCAAAUAAUAAUUUUCCUUCAAUGAUAAUAGAUAUCAAAGAGGAAGAGCCAGUUGUUAGUAACUCUUAUGAUAAAAUUAAUCAGCGUUACAUCUGUCUAGAAAUGAAACAACGACGUGACUUAUUUCCUCAAUAUUUGAAAAAAGUAAAUACACUUGCACAUUGUGAAGACCAACAAAAUACGAAGAGCCAGGAUUAUAUUCGCGAAACAUCUUCGGAAUAUUUUAGCAUUACGGAUCUCGCGAGUCAUAAUAAUAAUAAUAAUGUCGAGAUUAAGAAUAAUGUUUCGCUGAAACCUCCGAUUUAUGAAAAAGUAAUCUCGAUAACGAUACCAGUCGAUAUGGAUGAAAGAUCGAUGCAAACGAAAACUGUCCUACAAAAUAUACGGACAUGCGUACAAGAAAAUUUAAGAAAAAAUGCAACGUCCGAUAUCGACAAUAACAUAGCCGAUAAACGUUCGCCGACAAUGUUAAAAUUCGAAGAUCUCAUAUUGGAACGUGUUAAAAAUAUCAGAGAUUACAUAGAUACUUUUCUUCAAAGCCAAAAUAUAGCAAUUUUCAAAGCACGCAGAGCACUUCAAUGUCAAGGUAAAAACGAUUUUUUUCGAUGUUCGGAUGAGGCGAGUCAUGUAGUAGUAUAUAAUCGAUCGAUCGCACCGUCUAGCAGCAAUAGUACCGAGCAAAUUAUUGGCUCUUCAAAGAAAUCAUCAGACAUUUUAACAAAUAUAUGGCCAAAUUACAUAGAAGAAUACAAACAGAAAACAGAAAAUGAUUUAAAAUGCUCUUCCGAUCUGCACUUAAAGAGAAACCCAGGAAUGUUCGCGCUUAUCACUCCUAUUAAGAAUAAAUUCUCUAUCAAGAACAAUACACAACAAUCCGGAAUACCUACAGAAUUAGAAAAAGAAGAAAUUGAUUUGUCUCUUCCAGAAGUUCUAACAUAUUCUCACAAAAUUGACUCAAAAUCUACGCAUAAAAUAUCGGAUUCGAUCACGACUCGUUGUGAAGAACACUCAAAUACAGAAAAUAAUAUAACUGAUAAAGGUAUUGAUGUGAAUGCAGAUUUCCAUAAACAUAAAAAGCAGACGCAAGUCACUGAAAGUAAGCCAUCAUAUUUUUCACUCGAUGUUGCAAAUGUUGAUGCAAAAGUUAUUCACACAGCACGCGAAGACUAUCUAAACAAAUCUAAUUGCAAUUCGAUCUCUCGUAGUAAUUCGUAUUUUACUGACGAAGAGAUAAUAAGUGAUGUAAAAAUGGACAACGUAUCUUCCAAAUCUAUAUCAGACAUGAAACAUUCGCAUUUAAAGUUAAACGCACAGAAAAAAACAAAACAAAAUGUUACUAAACAACAAAUAUCCGUGGAUGAAUGUCUAAAUAUAGUAACGCCAAGCGAAUUACCAUCAGAAUAUUCUAACUUGACGAUACUUAUUAACUCAAAUCUUAUUCCUGAUAAACAUGAUUAUUCAACAAAUCCGAAAACUACAUCUUCUUUAAUGAUGUUGAAGGAAAAUGAUUUCAUCUUCGAUCCCGCUGCUUCUUUACUACCUCUCUCAUUAAAUAAAAAAAAUGAAACAUUAAAUACAGACAGUACCUUAUUAAAUAAUUUAAAACAAAAUGAUGAAAUAUCUAUAGGCAUCACAAAUUUAUCGCCUCGAAUAGAAUGUUAUUCCACAAAACCAUUCCAAACAUAUUCCCAAGUUAAAAGCGACAUGUCUUUAAUAACUAAUAGACGUAAAGAUUUAAAAGUCAACAUAUACCCAAAAAAAUCUUCAUUUUUGAUGCGUUAUAAUACGAAAUCUAUCAGCGGUACAUUACAUGAGCCAUACGCAAAGCUGCAUAAUGAUAAAAAUAAGUGUAUAAAAAAUAAAUUGCGACUCACAUCUCAAUCAAAGUCUAUUAUAUCACCACAAAGAGAAUCCAUUAAAUCUUGUAUACCAAUUUUAAAAAAUCGUUUAGAAUCAUCUCACAGAAUAAAACAUCAAGGGCACGCGAGAAGUCCUCUGAGAAGUCCAUUGACUAUGUUGGGAGAAAAGACUUGUACAAAAGUUCAUGCAACAGAGGAAGUUGUGCGAAAUGACAAUGCUUCAAUAAAUAGGCAUUUGCAUGUAGACAGGACUGUGACAAAUUUAACUAAAUUAAAUUUACAAAAGGACAUAUUCAAUAAAGACUCAGAAAAACUUAAUAUGACGUUUAAAGAAAACAUACCAAAAAAACAUUCGGAAAUUGUGUCUAGUGAUCAAAAUGUAAAAUCCUUGGCAAUCAAUAAAGAACAUUCAGAUAAAAGCGAUAUAAAUAGAAGUAAAUCAGAUACAAGCAUAAUGCAGCAUAUAAAAAAGAUUGCUUCUAAAGAGAUGAUUGUUAUUUCUAUUAUGGCAAAUGAUGAUUUACGGAAGAAAUAUCCGGCGGAUCUAUUUAUUUUAAACACGAAGAAUAUCAGUCCCACGACAGAUCUGCUGAUACAUAAAAACAAAUUAUGGACCAUUACUGUUGAAAAAAAGGAAAAAGAAGUUACGGCGAAACCUUCCAUUGCAGAUACAUGUACAUCAAUGUCUAACUUACAUUGAAUUACUUGAGACGUACAACUUGUC